AUGGUGCGUUCGAGCUUUUUAACUUAUUUUAUUAAGAUCAUGUGGCCCCAAGCAGCACUGGACGAUAAACAUCAAUGGCAGUAUAUAGUGAACACAGGAGAAUUUCCAUUUCAAGGUUUCCGACUAAAUAGAUGCAUAGAAAGUAUCGCUACUUUGAAUCGUGAAGACAAGUAUAGCAAAAGUGGCAAGGUGAUCCUUAAAGGGGACGCUGGAUCGUACGAAUUGCGAUGGUUAAACUUAAAAAAUGAAUAUAACGUACUCAGUUUUGAAGUGAUUUUUGUAGAAAUAGCUCCUGAGCUAUUUCCUGAAAAUCUGAAAAACGGGAUAAUAGAGAAGUUCAAGAAGGUUGAUUAG